AGCAGUCCGCGUUCCGAAGCCCCACCAUUGCUAUCUCCUGCCCAUUGCCAACCCAUAGAUCUGUGGCAACCUCCCAUCCUAUAUAAACGCACCAUUCAACCUCACUCCUCACCACAUCCUACUACUGCUACUAUCACUGUGUUAAUUCGGGCAUUGGUUCAGCUACUUUUGCUCCACUGCCGCUGUUGGUAUCAUGGUGAUACGGUUCUUCCUGAUAGCUUGCUCCUUGGCGGCCAUCGCCACGGCAGGCAACUUCUACCGGGACUUCGACAUCACCUGGGGUGACGGCCGCGCGAAGAUCCUCGAGGGCGGCCAGCUCCUCACCCUUACCCUCGACAAGACCACCGGUUCGGGAUUCCAGUCCAGGAACGAGUACCUCUUUGGCAAGAUCGACAUGCAGAUCAAGCUCGUGCCCGGUAACUCCGCCGGCACCGUCACGGCUUACUAUUUGUCCUCGCAAGGGCCGACGCACGACGAGAUCGACUUCGAGUUCCUGGGCAACCUCAGCGGCGAUCCGUACACUCUCCACACCAACGUGUUCACCCAGGGAAAGGGGAACAGGGAGAUGCAGUUCAAGCUCUGGUUCGAUCCCACCAAGGAUUUCCACACCUACUCCAUCCUCUGGAACCCAAGACAUGUCAUCUUCAUGGUGGACGGCACGCCAAUCCGAGACUUCAAGAACCUGGAGUCGAGGGGCAUCGCGUUCCCCAAGAACCAGCCCAUGAGGAUCUACUCCAGCCUCUGGAAUGCCGACGACUGGGCGACCAGAGGCGGGCUGGUGAAGACCGACUGGUCCAAGGCGCCGUUCACGGCGUCGUACAGAGACUUCAGGGCUGACGCUUGCGUUCCAUCUUCUGCCGCCUCCAGGUGUGCUUCCAACGCGGCUCCCGGCAACAGCGGGUGGUGGAACCAGGAGCUGGACUUGACAGGCCAACAGAGGAUGAAGUGGGUGCAGAGGAACUACAUGGUCUACAACUACUGUAGUGACCUCAAGAGGUUCCCUCAGGGCCUGCCGCCAGAGUGCUCCAUCGCCUGAGAGAGAGAGAGAGAGAGAGAGAGAGAGAGAGCAAGCACUGUUAUUCUUUGAUUGAUUUUAAUCUUCUUAUGUAGGCUGCUGAUAAAUAUUCCAUAUUCUCUCUCUCUUUAUCUCUGUCUCUCAUGGUUAAACAACUUAAGAGGGCCAAAAAGCUACCGUAAUGCUAUAGAAGAAUAAUCGAAAACUUUACAAGGCCAUCAAGAUCAAAUUUGGAGGAGCCCAAUGACCCGACUAGUCCGAAUGGGUUGAACGGAGGAGGUGGUCCGAGCCUGACUGACUACACCGAAAUCCGAAAUCAAUCCUUAGCAAAGGGGAACAAGGGCCCAAAUAUUACAUGAACAGCUGGAUGGCAUGUAAUGACCGGCUUUUUUCUUGUUUUUGUGAUGUUGCAGAUGGUGUGUAUGUAGAUAGAUAUGUAUCACCCACCUCUACAUGUAUAUUCUGGAUGUCCAGGUUAAUCAUAAACGGGAGGGGGACAACGGGACUCAUUUCUUCA